AUGACAGGAAGUAGGCGCACCAUCAUCCUGUCCACGCACCACAUGGACGAGGCGGACAUCCUGGGGGACCGGAUCGCCAUCAUCUCCCACGGGAAGCUGUGCUGCGUGGGCUCCUCGCUCUACCUGAAGAACCAGCUGGGGACCGGAUACUACCUGACCCUGGUGAAGAGGGAAGGGGCGGGCAGGACCUCCGUCAGCAGGAAGUCCUCCAGCAGCACCUCGCUCAGAGAGAAGGAGGGGGAGUGCUCCUCCAUCAGCAGCAGUGACGCCGGCCUCGGCAGCGAACAUGAGAGUGAGGUGGCGACUAUUGAGAGCGCCGCCCCCUUGCCCGAUGUGAUCCAGGUCUCCGGGCUGAUCCAGGGUCACGUCCCGGCGGCUCGCCUGGUGGAGGAUCUGGGCCAUGAGCUGACCUACGUCCUGCCGUACAGCGCGGCCAAGGACGGGGCCUUCGCGGAGCUAUUCAGCGACCUGGACCAGAAGCUGGCCGAACUCGGCAUCUCCAGCUACGGUGUGUCGGACACAACGCUGGAGGAG